GUACAUGCUAGGUCUUGGAGCAAUCCCGUCCAGCAUACAGUUCCUUGGAUUCCUCUUCAUGCCGGAAUCGCCAAGAUGGCUGGUCAGCGCCGGGAGGGAGGAGAAAGCCCGGCGCGUGCUGCAGAAUAUGCGAGGUGCCUUGGACAUUGAAGAAGAAUAUGAAACAAUCAAGCAGUCGUGCACGGAGCUGCAGCGGGAGGAGGCCAGUCGAGGUCAUACCCCGAUUAUCGUUCAGAUGCUGCAGGUUCCCUCAGUGCGGCGAUCUCUUCUAGUUGGAUGCAGUCUGCAGAUUAUCCAGCAGGUUGCUGGCAUCAACACGGUCAUGUAUUAUUCUGCCACCAUCAUUCGAAUGUCUGGAGUAAAGAGUGACGAGGCCGCCAUCUGGCUGUCAGCAGUGACAGCAGCCGUCAACUUUCUGUUCACCCUGGUAGGUCUUUACCUGGUAGAGAGGAUUGGGAGGAGGCCACUGACGCUGGGCAGUCUCAUGGGAGCCAUUGUUAGUUUAGCCUGGCUGGCCGUUGGCUUCCACCUGUCCGCCUUAAAUACGCCACCUAUUGAUGUGGUGGAGCAAGUGGCCACAGCAUCUCACUGCUCAAAAUAUAGAACAUGUAAUGAAUGCAGAAUGGACCUUGACUGUGGAUACUGCUACGUUGACCUGCCGGAGGUGGUGACAAACUCAUCCUGUUUACCCACGGAUUAUGACAACCCUUGGACGUCAACUGUGGGCAGAUGUAACAGCAGCAUCCUUCCACCAACAGUCACCUGGGCCUACGACUAUUGUCCGACACCCUACUCCUGGAUGCCAAUGGUUGGACUUGUGCUAUAUCUAAUCUCUUUUGCCCCAGGUAUGGGUCCUAUGCCAUGGACAAUCAACUCAGAGAUCUACCCGCUGUGGGCCCGCAGUACAGGAAAUGCUGCCUCCACGUUUAUGAACUGGACAUUUAAUCUGAUCGUAUCCAUGUCUUUCAUUAGUCUCACGGAGACCCUAACCAGAUAUGGAACAUUCUGGUUAUACGCUUGCUUAGCGUUUGGUGGCGCAAUCCUGCUGGCGCUGAUAUUACCAGAGACCAAAGGACGCUCACUGGAGGAAGUAGAGGGUCUCUUUGCAAGGUCAUGGUUCACAAGUUCUUGGUUUGGCAACUCUUCAGACCCCAUCCCUGCCAUCAAUCCACAGACUGUUCAGUAUGUUCACAUACGAGGACUCAACCGUGACGGACGAGAAUCAGAGCUCGAUUCACCAGAAUAG